AUGUUUAAAGUGCAACUUCUAAUAUCCACAAUUCUUGUCUUAUGGAUAACUCUGACAAUUGGCGAAGAUUGUUUAUUCCAAGAUCAACUCUGGCAUGCUGAUUCAAAUCCAAAAAUAUUUUUAUAUUGUGAUACGAGGACAAAUCGCACAGCUGUAGGAUCAUGUCCAGGUGGAUCAGGAUUUGUAAGGAACCACACCGCUUCGGGUUGUAUACCAUGGGAAGAUUGGAAUGAUGCAUGUGUUACUAAAACGAAUGAACUUAAUUUGACUUGCAAUGAAAAUAAUUACAAACGACUUCAGCCAGCAAUAGAUCCAGAACAUUAUUUCCUUUGCACCAAUUCGAGUGGCAGUGCAAUUAAAUUGAAAUGUCCAAAAGGCAAAGCAUUUUAUUCUCAAAAAAAUUACCUUGGAUGUUUUGGAUGGGAUAUGUGGAGGAAUUUAACAGGAUGUUUGAGAUAA